CUAUGUCUUCUUACCUUUUAAUUGUUAAAUCUGAACUUCCUGGUGCUGUUGCGGGGUUCUUAAGCAGCGACGAGAGCGGGUCUUGGUACCUUGAUGGGAGACUGCUGCUACUGAUUACUUCAGUCUGCAUUGUUUUUCCUCUUGCACUUCUUCCUAAAAUUGGCUUUCUUGGCUACACAAGUAGUUUAUCAUUUUUCUUUAUGGUGUACUUUGCUCUUGUGGUUAUGAUAAAAAAGUGGUCGAUCCCUUGUCCUCUACCUCUAAAUAGUGCCAUGGAGACUUUACAGGUUUCAAAUUCUACUGGGGAUUGUAAAGCAAAGCUCUUUCAUCUUUCAAAAGAGAGUGUUUAUGCAAUACCGACUAUGGCCUUCUCUUUCCUCUGCCAUACCUCAGUUUUACCCAUCUAUUGUGAACUCCGAAGUCCCUCCAAAAGCAGAAUGCAGAAUGUAACUGUCACAGGAAUUGGUCUGAGUUUCCUCAUUUACUUUAUUUCUGCUCUGUUUGGGUACCUGACAUUUUACG